AUGCUGGGGCGGCCCGUGCUUCUGGAACAUUUUGCGUCCCAGCGCUUGCAGGUACUCGCGGUCCGCACCGUUUGCGACAUGGUUCUUGGAGAAAUGGACAAGACCUGUGAAAUGAAACGCACCACGCUGGACAGCCCUUUGCGGAAGCUGGAGCUGUCCUGUUGUGAGCAAGGUCUGCACGAAAUCAGCUUCCUGGGCCGGGGGACGCCCGCAGCUGAUGCCAUGGAGGUCCCAGCCCCAGCUGGGGUUCUCAGAGGUCCCGAGCCCCUGAAGCAGUGCGCAGCCUGGCUCAACGCCUAUUUCCAGCAGCCCGAGGCCAUCGAGGAGCUCCCCGUGCCGACUCUUCACCACCCCGUUUUCCAGCAAGAGUCGUGUACCAGGCAGGUGUUAUGGGAGCUGCUGAAGGCUGUGAAAUUCGGAGAAGUGGUUUCUUACCAACAAUUAGCAGCCCUGGCAGGCAACCCCAAAGCCACGCGAGCAGUGGGAGGAGCAAUGAGAAGCAACCCUGUCCCCAUCCUCAUCCCGUGCCACAGAGUGGUCUGCAGCAGCGGAACCAUGGGCAACUACUCCGGAGGACUGGCGGUGAAGGAAUGGCUUCUGGUCUACGAAGGCCACCGGGUGGGGAAGCCAGCCUUGGGAGGGAGCUCGAGUCGGGCAGGGGCCUGGCUCAGGGCAGUGGGGACCACCUAGGGCUCCCCGCCUGCUGGCCCCAACUGUAUGAUGCUUGAGCGACACACACAUGUAACACUGCAUCGGAUGUAGGGUGUGGGGACACGGCUGUAUUAAAGGAGGUGACUGUUUCCCGGG